UCUGCAGUUCUGCGAGAUGACUUCAGGCAGAACCCGGUGGACGUGAUGGUGGCGGCAGGUGAGCCGGCCGUCAUGGAGUGCCAACCCCCCCGUGGACACCCCGAGCCAACCAUCUCCUGGAAGAAGGACGGCUUCAACAUCGACGACAGAGAUGAGAGAAUCACGGCCAGUGUGAAAUGGCUUGAGGAGCUCCAUCAGAGCAGGGCUCUUAGAGCCCUACGUAACCCGGCCGACACGCCGAGUAGCCCACAGCAGCAGGGCCCGCGCUGGAUGCAGGGGCUUUGUUUAGGAAAUGAAAACACCCCUUCUCUCUGA